CUGUCUGUCAUUGUGUUUGAUGUCUUCAUUAGAUGACAGUGGUGACUAAUGCCAGGUUGUCAUAACUAGUAACUAGGAUAUUUUGUGCAAGUCAGCUUUAUUUCUACAGCGCUUUAUACAGCAGGGAUUGUUUCAAAGCAGCUUCACAGUAAUAAACAGAAUCAAUGAUGCAAACUACACCAAAUAUGAGACAAAUAGAGUUAUAAUUCAGAUCAAUUCCGCUCCAGUUUUGUUCUCAUUAGACAUUGUCAAUCCAAAUAAAUUGUAAAAGUGUUACUAUGGUAAAAUAUUUAUAAAGGUGAAAAUAUAUUUCAAAGACCUGAAGUCGAACACAGCAUGAUUGUGGUAAUGAAUGUGGAAGGAUAUAUAUAUCAAAUCAUGUGAGAUUGGCAACCCGAAAGCACCUUUGUACUACUCCACAUAACUUUGUAAAAAUAAUUUUCGUAGUUUUGAUGGAGUCAGAGAUCUGUAAUUAUUCCAUACGAAUGUGUGACGCAGAGAAAUGUUUUUAAUUAAAAAUAAUGAAAGCUGCUCUGCUUGGAACCCAAUAACUCAUAUUUAUUGCCAAUCAACAAGUCAGCAAUGAAGAUGGGAAGCUCCAUGGAGAAAUUAAGAUGAAGGACACCAAAGCUCUAAGGCAUCAAUUACAGCAUUCCCAGAUCUCUGAGUUCUUCAGCUUUUCCUUAAGCUCCAAUUAAAUCGGAUGCAGUGACAUCACAGAUACUGUGAACCGCUGGAGCAGAAAGUGGAAUAAAAGCCUCCGAACGCAUCGACCGUCACCUGAGCUGAAGAUGGAGGGAAUGUACGUGGAUCUUCUGGCUUUGAGGAUCGUCAUCUCUAUCGUUGGCGUCGUAGGAAACACAAUCUUGAUCAUCUCCAUCCUUCAAACGACGCGCCUGAAGUCCUUCGAGAUCUUUCUUCUCGGUCUAGCUGCAGCAAACCUGGAGGAGAUCGUGAUCGUUGACCUUUACGACAUCUUGCUUUUUCGCACCUCGUACAGGAUGAGCACCUGGACUUGCCGGGGCCUCAAAUUCCUCACCAUCUUCGGCGAGAUCGGCAGCAUCCUCUUCACGGUCCUCAUCAGCGUUUACCGGUAUCAGAAGCUGCGAGACGUGCACACGCGGGUCAACCUGCCCGUCUUCAUGGACAGCCUGCGCUCGGCCGGCGUUCUCGCUGGGUUUUGCGCCACGGUGGCUUUGCUCUUCGGUUUGCCCAUGCUUCUGGUAAACCUGGAUUGGAGUCACCUGAACUCUUCCUCUCCGGCCUGUCCGGUCGAUUUCUUCCAGUGCUCAUUAACCAGGUGCCCGACUCGCAACCGCGUCUACAAGUUCUCCUUCCUCCUGGUGUGCAACCUGCUGCCUCUGCUUAUCGUCACACUAACGAGCAGCAUGAUCGUCAGGAUUUUAAUCGUUCAGCAGAAGGCGCUGAGGGUCCGGCAGGGCCCGAGUGUCGCGACGACAACGACGACGACAGCCCAACAGCGGCCCAAGAAGUCAGGCUUCCAGCGAAGUACGCUGGCCAUCCUGAUGGCCAUGACGCUCUUCCAGGUCAACUGGAGCAUCUAUCUGAUCCUGCAUCUGGCGUGUGAUCCGUACAGCUUCCCGGCCUGGUCCGAGGUGGAGUUCUUCAUCACCACCUUCUACACAGCCAUCAGCCCGUAUGUGUACGGCAUCGGCAACAACCUUUUCAACCUGAAGCGCUUCAUGGGUAGAUAA